GACAGCUUCUGAUUCUGAUUUUGUACUAUUUCAUUUCUGAGAUGACGAUACGUACUUGGAUAAAAUAAAUGGAACAGGUACAUCAGAGGGCAUAUUGCCCACGGACAUGCGAGCAAACUUUCUGGGCUUCCUGAAGCAUAUCCUCAAUCUCCUUGACAUACGUAUCUUCAUCCCGCGGUGCGCUCUCAGCCAACGCAUGGAGAUGCGUUCGGAUCACCGUCCAAGUCGGAUCUAUCUCAGCGCCAAAGGCAAGGAGCAGUGCGAUGACAUCCCGCCGCGCUGGAUUGAGCGGCAUCCCUCUCCACGGAUUGUCGGACUCUGCCUGGCGAUAAUACGAGUUCCCCGGCAUCGGGAGGUCGAGCGCCAACAAGAGGACCGGCCCGGCCGUGGGCCCCGGCGGAGUCCCAGCCAGCCACCCCGUGACCACAUUCGCUCGGGCAUUGGGGUUCGCGCCUGCGCCGAGCAGGAACGCGACAACCGCCGGGUGGCAGCCCUUGACUGCAUGGGCAAGCGCGUCGCCGUAGGUGCCCCGCUGCUCGAGACUGGCUCCGCGUGCCACGAGCAUCUGGGUCCUCUCCAGAUCCCCGAUAUAAGAGGCGUAGUGGAUGACUGUUUCCGUGGAGCCGUCAAAAAAGUACUUGGCGUUGAUGUCCGCCCCGUGGUCCAACAGCAGACGCAUCGUGUCCCAAUCGUGGUUAUACGCGGCGAGGAACAGCGGCGGCUCGUUCUCAUAGUCAUUACGAGGAAAUGAUGGAUCCGCGCCAUGCGACAGGAGAACUUGAGCGACAUCGCGAUGACGAUUGCUCACGGCCAUCUGCAGUGGAGUGUUGCCGCUGCUCGGGGGCAGAGUCAACGACACACUGUAUGGCGGGGAGAUAACCUUGAGCACUGUAUUGACCUUCCCAGAGGCGCACGCGGCCAACAAGACCUCCUCUGCGACAGUGGGAGUAAGUCGGGCGUCGAGAUCGGGCUGGAGGACUGAAUUCAGCCCACGACAGCUUAUCGCGAGCGAUCCCAGCGAUCCAUCGGACAAAUCGCGAGAUAUGAGCAGUAGGAGCUCCGUAGGCAACCCAGUCAAAUAUCCAGACAUUCUGGGAGUGGAUGGAAGGUGUGUGAAAGUGGGAGAUGAGCAGCC